AUGUCGCGAAGAAAACAAUCGUCUUCUCCUGGUGUUAUCAACCGUGACCGUCACUUUCAAAGGUCUGGCUUGAACGACCCAAGAGGCAACCCGAAAAAGGGAGGAGCAGGUGGUCAUAAUUGGGGCGUGAUAACCGAUUCAAGUGACGCACGAGAACAUGAUAAAUUCCCGAAUGUCGAUAAUGAACAAGGAAAAGGAUAUCAGAAGAUACAGGUUGUAAACCCUGAAAAAUUUGAGGUUCUCCAACAUGCUGUCGCCGAGGAACAGUAA